GCGGUUGCUCUGUCUGAUUGGCCACUCUUUCGGGGAGCGGCUAGAGCUCCCUCCGCAGGGCGCAGUAGCCGAUGGGAAGAUGGCGGCGGCCGGCGGCGCCUUGGGGGAUGCUUGCCGGCAUCACGCGCAGCUGGCGGCCUGCGAGUCGCGCGCCAAGUACCGCGAGGGGCGGAGGCCGCGCGCCGUGAAGGUUUAUACUAUCAACUUGGAAUCUCGUUAUUUACUAAUACAAGGAGUUCCUGCAUUAGGUGUUAUGAAGGAAUUAGUUGAACAAUUUGCAUUAUAUGGUGCCAUUGAUGAGUAUCAUGCUCUAGAUGAAUAUCCAGCAGAGCAGUUUACUGAAGUUUAUCUUAUAAAAUUCCAAAAACUGCAAUGUGCAAGGGUGGCCAAGAAAAAAAUGGAUGAACGAAGUUUCUUUGGUAGCUUGCUACAUGUGUGCUAUGCUCCAGAAUUUGAAACAGUCCAAGAAACUAGGGAAAAGUUGCAGGAUAGAAGAAAGUAUAUAGCAAAAGCAACAAAUCAAAGAGAUCGCUUUCUUGCAAAGAAAGUAGAGGGGCCUAAGAAGAUCACCUCAAAGAACUCAGAGUAUGAUUGUCAGUGGACUACAUCAGAAUCCUGUGCAGCUGGUAACUGGGAUCCAUCUCCUUGCUUUCCACAUUCUCACACGGUAUCACAAAACAAAGGAUAUCCUUCUGGGAAUCAUAAUCAGAGCCAGUUUAUAUUUCCCCAGAAUGACAAUAACUGUGCUGAAACUUCUCAGUACUUUGGUCAAAGCAUGUCCUUAACUCAAAAUGUACAACCAGGAGGACAUAUUCCACCAGUUUCUUCAAUGCAGCAGAGAACAGUUCCGAUUGAUAAUGGAAUUGACAGGUUUAUGCCUCGUACAACUCACCUGCAAGAACGUAAGAGGAGGAGAGAGGAAGGUAACAAAUUUGUCCUCAUGGGAACAUGUAUAGACAGUACUGAAGUCAUUAUUGGUCCGCAGCUACCAGAAGUACCUAAGGUGGAUAUGGAUGAUGAUUCACUGAAUACUUCAGCUACAUUAAUUCGAAAUAAACUGAAGCAGGUAUGCAUUGUGAAGCUUCUGGUAUUUUUCAUGUUCAAAUGUACACAUUCUGUGCUUGUUAUCCAUAAAAACAAAGACCCUAAGAUAAUUUAUUUUAACAUUUAUCCAGUAUUACCACUUCAUUUGGAACUUAAAGCUAGUGCUUUGACUACUUAACUCUUUCAUCACGCAGAAUAUUUUAGGGCAUUCUACUCCAUACCUCUUACAUCAUUCCCAGUUUUCAAAGGUAUAAAUGUUAGUGCUAGGGGGAGGCCUUGCAGGUAGUCCUACUGCUACUCUAGUGAGGUAUUUGUAUCUUGGAUUUGAUUGAAAAGUGGAAAACAAGUCAGAGUUGAAUGUAAUUUUGCUUGAACACUUGUUAUGACAUCAAAAGAAUACAGAACUACAGCUACUGUGCUGAUACAUUUCAGGGUACAAAGCCUUUUGUGGGGGAUGUUAAUGAAUCAGUUUACAGGUCAAACAUUCUUGAUGUAACUUUGUGUUUAUAUUAAGAGUUUUCAUGACUAGAACUAACUAGACUGAUUUGAAGGAGAAAAUCUCUGGACAAAUUGACUUAAAGUAUGCUAAACUUUACUUUGAAACACCUCUAGUAUUGAGAGAGGUGAUAAAAUGUGUAGUAGUCCAUCACUAAGUCUCUGAAUUCAGUUUGUGGGGUUAAAAUACAAAAUGGUAUUGCUAACACACUUGUAUUUUCUGGGGGUUUCACCUCCUUUAUCUUGUGCCUAAUGCUGUCUGUGGUGGGUUUUCUCCCCCUUUUUCCACAGGAAAUUUCAGUACAAGUAUAACUACAAUGAUGCAUCCCUCCCAAUACCAAAAUACUGGAUAGGUGACCUUACUCUAAAACUAACAUAAAAAAGGGAUAGUUGCAGGUUACUAAGAGUAGAUUUUUUUCCCCCCCCCAAUCUAGGUGGCAGAUUCUGUUCUAACAACAUCUGUGGAAAAGCCAAAGGAUAGUUCAGCAAAGAAGCAAAGAAGAAGAAUAUAGAUACUGCUGGCAGCAUCUUCCUACAGUCUUCUUUAAAGGAUAAUUUAAAAUAUAUGUAUAUACUUUUGGAAUGUCAAAAAUAAAAUACUUUGUACUGUA